AUGUUUUCCCCUUUCGGUACCUGCUUCUCUGUGAACACAGAACGGCCUUCGAGUGUAAACAAAACAAACAGGAAGCAGCAAAUUCCACAGUAUCAUCACAGAGCCACAGAAGCUCAGAGCCACAGAAGCUCAGAGCCACAGAAGCUCAGAGCCACAGAAGCCCAGAGCCACAGGAGCUCAGAGCCACAGAAGCUCAGAGCCACAGAAGCUCGGAGCCACAGGAGCUCAGAGCCACAGGAGCUCAGAGCCACAGAAGCCCAGAGCCACAGAAGCUCAGAGCCACAGGAGCUCAGAGCCACAGGAGCUCAGAGCCACAGGAGCUCAGAGCCACAGAAGCUCAGAGCCACAGGAGCUCAGAGCCACAGACGCUCAGAGCCAGAGAAGCUCAGAGCCACAGAAGCUCAGAGCCACAGAAGCUCAGAGCCACAGAAGCUCUCGCCACAGAAGCUCUUGCCACAGAAGCUCAGAGCCACAGAAGCUCAGAGCCACAGGAGCUCAGAGCCACAGGAGCUCAGAGUCACAGGAGCUCAGAGCCACAGAAGCUCAGAGCCACAGAAGCUCAGAGCCACAGGAGCUCAGAGCCACAGAAGCCCAGAACCACAGAAGCUCAGAGCCACAGGAGCUCAGAGCCACAGUAGCUCAGAGCCACAGAAGCUCAGAGCCACAGACGCUCAGAGCCACAGGAGCUCAGAGCCACAGAAGCUCAGAGCCACAGAAGCUCAGAGCCACAGAAGCUCAGAGCCACAGGAGCUCAGAGCCACAGAAGCAGAGCCCAAGAAGCUCAGAGCCACAGAAGCUCAGAGCCACAGGAGCUCAGAGCCACAGAAGCCCAGAGCCACAGAAGCCCAGAGCCACAGAAGCUCAGAGCCACAGGAGCUCAGAACCACAGAAGCUCAGAGCCACAGAAGCUCAGAGCCACAGGAGCUCAGAGCCACAGGAGCUCAGAGCCACAGGAGCUCAGAGCCACAGGAGCUCAGAGCCACAGAAGCUCAGAGCCACAGAAGCUCAGAGCCACAGGAGCUCAGAGCCACAGAAGCCCAGAGCCACAGAAGCCCAGAGCCACAGAAGCCCAGAGCCACAGGAGCUCAGAGCCACAGGAGCUCAGAGCCACAAGAGCUCAGAGCCACAGGAGCUCAGAGCCACAGGAGCUGA